CGUGACCGAAAGAACAAGAUCCCGGAUACAAGCGGCCGAAAUGAGUUUCCUCCGCAGGGUGUCCGGGCUCUCCCUUAGAGAUAGGGUGAGAAGCUCGGUCAACCGGGAGGAUCUCAGAGUAGAGCCGCUGCUCCUCCGCAUUGAGAGGAGCCAGAUGAGGUGGCUGGCGCAUCUGAUUCGGACGCCUCCCUGGUGAGGUGUUCCGGGCAUGUCCCACCGGGAGGAGACCCCGGGGAUGACCCAGGACACGCUGGAGAGACUACAUCAUUCGGCUGGCCUGGGAACGCCUCGGGAUCCUCCCGGAAGAGCUGGAUGAAGUGGCUGGGGAGAGGGAAGUCUGCGCGUCCCUGCUGAAGCUACUGCCCCCGCGACCCGACCCGGAUAAGCGGUAGAGAAUGGAUGGAUGGAUGGAUGGGUUGCCGGUUUUCAACAUCGACUUUGUGUUUUUUUCGGCUUUCAGAGAGACAUUUUGAAGCCUGUCUUGUUUCUCAAACUUUGUAGCGAGUAGCAAUGUAGUCUCAACUUCUUUUACUCGUUUCAAAACCGGGGACAACAUGUCACUUUGCACUCUUUUAAGAGUGUUCAUAUGCAUGUAGGCAAGUGUUGGUUUUGUGACUCGUUUGGGUUUUAAAAGUCUCAAAAGUAUGCAGACUUACAAAGUGUUCCGACCAUUCAUUCCCAGAGUUACAGUGACACGAACAGUGGCACCUCCCUUUACCGGACGUGAUUUAACGGAUAUCGGAAGUCAUGGUCAGUGCAUGUGUCCAAAAAUACUUUCCGGUUGUCACUGAAAGCGGUGUUGACAAGGUCUGUUAGUUCCAGAAUUGGCCACUGUUGUUUCGUGGCGCUGUGGCGCAAUCUCGGCAGAGACUGGAGCUUUAUUAGGAUUCCCACAUAGUUUCUAGGCAGGACUCACCCCCACGAACUCACCAUCCCCACACUGACCAAUUUUGUCCAAAAUAAAAACAAAUAAGUUUGUUAUGGUUAGGUUUUGGUUCUAGGUUUGGGGCUAAACCGUUUUCAGAUUGGUGAAGGAUUAGGGUGGGUUAGGCUAGUGGGAAACAUACUAAUGCCGCCACACUUUUAUCACAUACUUCUUUUCCCGUUGAGAAGCAGGAGGGCAUGUUUUACAGGUACCCAACAGCCAAUCAUUGAGUAGCGGCGCAUGACCUGGAGCCAGUAAUAUUGGAGCAGGGCGUGUCCUGCCUACAAACAAUGUGGGAAUACUAAUCACGGCCAUGUUGAAUGUGGCAACAUUUCCAUUGUAUUGACGUGGCGGCCAUGAUGGCACAAGCUCAGUUCUAUCUAUUGUCGCAUAGAGAGAGAGCGCACAUGGCUGCGGUGUUCACUCAACGAGCAAUACGACACAUAAGUCCCUGGAGUCUGGAACAUGCUAUUUCUGGUACAGUAACAGUUUUUUUUUGUCAAGCAAUUUGUCGAUGGCAACGCAUUUGGAACUAGGAAGCACACUAAUUUGUUGUGACUCACGAAAGCGAGUGGCCUAUGACAAGUACAUAAGCAUUGUCUACAUCAAGCACCUCAGCGUAGUAAGUUUGGAUGAAAUUUUAAAGUUUUAAAGAAAUAUUUAUUUACAAUAAAUUGGUGAGGGGAGUAGCUGUGGGUCAUGACGAAAAGAACAAGAUCCCGGAGCGGCCGAAAUGAGUUUCCGGGCUCUCCCUUAGAGAGACGGUGAGAAGCUCGGUCAUCCGGGAGGAACUCAGAGUAGAGCCGCUGCUCCUCCACAUCGAGAGGAGCCAGAUGAGGUGGCUGGGGCAUCUGAUUCGGAUGCCUCCUGGACGCCUUCCCGCUGAGGUGUUCCGGGCACGUCGCACCGGGAGAAGACCCCGGGGACGACCCAGGAGACGCCGGAGAGACUACUUCUCUUGGCUGGCCUCGGAGCGCCUCGGGAUCCCCCCGGAAGAGCUGGAGGAAGUGACUGGGGAGAGGGAAGUCUGUGCGUCCCUCCUGAUAACGCUACUGCCCCUGCGACCCGUCGUCAGAUAAGUGGUCGAAAAUGGAUGACUGGAUGGACAGUAAAUUGAUACCUUACUGGCGGCACGGAGCUGACUGGUUAGCACAUCUACCUCACAGUUCUGAGGACCGGGGUUCAAAUCCCACACUCGCCUCUGUGGAGUUGGCAUGUUCUCCCGGUGCCUGGGUGGGUUUUUUCCAGGCACUCUGGUUUCCUCCCACAUCCCGAAAACAUGCGUGGUAGGGUGAUUGAAGACUCGAACGGACAAUCAGCUGUAACAGACGAGCCUCUGCCUGUAAUCGUCUGUUAAAUCGAGGUUCCACUGUAUGUCAAUAUUCAGGAACUAAACAUCGAAAAGAUGCAGCCUCAUCAAUAAUGUAUUUUUUUUUAUUGUUGUCAUAUUACAUCAUGAUAAGAGGGAGUGUACGAGUCGUGCAUUGUACUUUUCCAAAUAAUGUUUCGCUCGCCCCAAAGUGAGCAGUGAGCUCCUCCUGCAGUCUUGUCUCUGUCCAUGGUGCUGAAGGGCAGCUUCCAAGGGAUUUGUUGACCAGCGCUCGUUCUGAGGAAUUCCAAUCAAUAAUCAUCAUUUAUAUCAUUUGUAUUACUCUUACGCACACGACUUCCUUCCUGUAACUGUGUUGAUUGGCUGUUUGUUCAGGUGACAACCUUAACUCGGAAAAUGUCUUUAUUAAUUUUUUAAAUAUAUUUAAUGCAGUUAUUUAACAGGACGGAGCAUAUUCAAGGAUGUUUUUUCCCCCCACCCCCAUGUUGAACCUUUUUUUCUAACUGGGCAGUUUGGCAUAUCGGCCUCUAAGGGGCGCUGUUACAUGGUAAAUGGAUGUGUUGGCGCUGUGUGAUGCAGUGCAGCUCCCUCCUCUGUCGCUGCCAUUUGGCACCAGAGAGCUUCGCGUGAACGACGUACAAUCGUUGAGCUCAAAUAACGCGCAUCUGAUUGCGCCUGCUUUGGUUCUGUCAUUUUUUCGAUUGCGUCCCUUUAGUGGAAUAUUUUUAAUUUCAUAUGGAGGCUAAAAACAUUCAUCCGAGCCGAGGAGGAAUGCGAUGGCGACGCGCGGCCGGCCUCUUUGUCUUUUGGUGUUUUUUUCUCCACGCGAGCGAGGCCCAAAUCCGCUACUCAAUCCCCGAGGAGAUGAAAAAAGGCUCGCUCGUCGGAAAUGUGGCCCAAGAUCUCGGUUUGGAUCUGAAAAGACUCCGUUCUGGGCGGGCCCGCAUCGUGACCGGGGAGAACGUCCAGUACGCCGAGCUGAGGGCGGACAAAGGGCUCCUGGUUGUCCAUGAGAGGAUAGAUCGAGAACAGCUGUGUGGAGACGUGACGCCGUGCAGCUUCACCUUCGAGAUUUUGUUGGAAAACCCCAUGGAAUUGCACCCGGUCACCAUCGAAGUGUUGGACGUCAACGACAACGCGCCCACUUUUGAAAAUAGUCAUUUGCGAUUUGAAAUUACUGAGUCUGCUGCACUGGGCUCCCGUUUUGUUCUGGAGGCUGCGUAUGAUGCUGACGUGGAUUCAAACGGCGUGCAGAGUUACGUUUUAACACCGAGUGAUCAUUUUGUUUUGAAGCAACACGUCAGUCCGGGAGGAAGUAAACAUGCAGAAAUGGUCCUGCAGAAAGCCUUAGACAGAGAAGAGCAGCCGCGACUUUCCCUUAAAUUAGUGGCUGUGGACGGUGGGAAUCCACAGAGGUCAGGUACAGUAAAUAUAGAUAUUAACAUUCAAGAUAUAAAUGACAAUGCUCCCGUCUUUAAUCAAAGCGUUUACAAAGCAAAAGUGACUGAAAAUGCAGCAAAAGGCACUCACGUUCUUACUGUGAAUGCCACUGAUGCUGAUAGCGGUUCAAAUGCAAAAAUAACAUUCUCGUUUUCAAAAUCAAAAGCGGGAAUUACAAAUUUGUUUCAUAUCGAUGAGGUGGCAGGAUGCAUAUCUGUAGCAAACCAAAUUGAUUAUGAAAAAUACAAGACAAUAGAGUUCAUGGUUGAAGCCAAAGAUCAAGGUGCAUUAACAGACUCCACCAAAGUGGAAAUCGAAGUCCUGGAUUUGAAUGAUAAUGUCCCCGUCCUCAACGUGAUGUCCUUCACGAGUCCGGUUUCAGAAGACUCCCCGGCUGGUACCACGAUCGGUAUCAUGAACGUGAAAGACCAGGAUUCUGGCGAAAACGGUCACGUGAGGUGCGGCAUCGAAGGCCGCGUUCCAUUUCGCAUGAAAUCCAACGUGCGCAAUUAUUUUGCCUUGGUGACCGAUGCCGAUUUGGAUCGCGAAAGCGUGUCCGAAUAUAACAUCACAGUCGUCGCGUCGGACGCCGGCUCGCCUCCCCUCUCCGCCGAGAGAACUUUUCAUUUGAAAGUUUCCGACGUGAACGACAACGCUCCUGUGUUUGCCGUCAGCUUUUAUCGUGCCGACCUCGCCGAAAACAACUCGCCGGGUGUUUCCGUGCUGAGAGUGAGUGCCAAAGACCCAGAUGAAAACCAGAACGCUCGUGUCUCUUACAUGUUGGAGCAGGGCGAGAUCGGGGGAACUCCGAUUGCCUCGUUUGUGUCCGUGAACGCCCAAAGCGGCGUCGUCAGCGCCGUGCGCUCCUUCGACUACGAGCGGAUGAAGCGGCUGGACUUUGCGGUGCGAGCGCAGGACGGAGGCUCCCCUCCUCUCUGUAGCAACGUGAGCGUGGGCGUCCUGAUCCGGGACCAGAACGACAACGCCCCUCAGGUCCUGUACCCGGUCCAGCCGCACGCCGAAAUGGUGCCUCGUUCGGCAGACGCGGGCUAUCUGGUGACUAAAGUGGUGGCCGUGGAUGUGGACUCUGGACAGAACGCCUGGCUCUCCUAUAAAGUGCAGCACAAAUUUGGGGGCGCAGACAGGGGGGCGCUGUUUGAAGUGGGCCUCCACAAUGGAGAAAUGCGAACUGUCCGCCAAGUGACUGAUAAAGAUGCUGUCAAACAAAGACUGACUGUCGUAGUGGAGGACAACGGGCAGCCCUCUCGUUCGGCUACGGUCGCGGUCAACGUGGCGCUGGCGGACGGCUUCCCCGAAGUGCUGAGGUCGGAGUUCGCCGACGACUUUAGCGAGGACUACGACGACCGGCUGACUUUUUACUUAGUCUCGGCUUUGGCCGCGGUCUCCUUCCUCUUCGUCGCCUGCUUGCUGCUUAUCGUGUCGCUCAAAGUGUACAGGUGGAGACGGUCUCGCGUCCUGUACCGCUCCGACCUCCCCGUCAUUCCGUAUUAUCCGCCGCGCUACUGCGACACGUUGGGGACGGCGGGGACGCUCCCGCACGUCUACAACUACGAGGCGUGCGCCGCCGCCAAGAGUCAUGUGACGAACUCGCAAGCCGUGAGUCAAAGUUUAGUGAGUGUGGACGGAGCGGACGCUGACGUCCCGCACGGCGGCGAGCAGACGUCGGGGAACUGCUCUCGGAUGUCGACUUUGGUGAGUCAAAUCAGUACACUUGUUUCAAUAUAUGUUUGUUUUCAGAGUUUAUAUCAUGGAGAAGCCUUGUUCUUGUAUUGAUGCAUAUUUUAAAGUCAUUACAUUUCAUUUGCAGUCGUGUGUUCAGAACCUGAAAGCCAUGCUAGAUUAAAAGUAGACAGAAAUAGGGCAUCUUCUCGUUGGAAAGGGGAGAAGAGAUUUGGUGGUGGAACCUCAAAGUCCAGGAAAUCAUUCAAGGAAUGAGGUAAGCUGAGAAGAAGUGGAACACUGAGAGUACUGAAGAGAGGAGAAUGGAUAAAUUGAAAUGUGAUGUAGGGCAAAGGUCGAGGUGGCAAAGGCCAAACGAGGCAUAUGAUGACAUGUGACACUAAA